UAAAAAAUCUCUAAGAAUUUUUGACCUGAAAAACAUGAAUUCCAUAUUUUCAGCACUCUCAGAGGCACUUUUGCACAUCCCAUGAGCUUCACUGAGAUCACAAACCUGACCAGGAUGGCUCAGGAAGUCAAAAAAUGCGCGCUGAAACAUCUCAUGAAAUAAUGUGAAAAAAUGUGUUUUACAGUGUAUGAUUUUACAGCGUUUACAGUGUAUGUGUUUUACAGUGUAUCCGGGAAGAAAAGUGUACUGAAAAAGUGUACAAACUUCAAGUUGCUGGUUCGACUUGUUAAUUCACAAAAAAAAUUGUUGCGAGUUUGUUAAAAUUCUGAAUUUGUAAAAAAAAAAAAAAGCACAGGCUCUGCAAGCACGUAAUAUUGAGUUACAAACCAGAAAAAAUUGUCAUUUAUGGUAGAUGAAUGUGGACCAAAUCGCUUAAUAUCGAGGUGAUAGUAAUAUGCUUUCUAUCGCUUAUUCCUUGGCCGGGUCCGAGUGUCUUCAAGAUUCAAUGUUCGCGCGAGAGCGCUAGAGUUGUUCGGAAAAUUGUGCAGUCCAAGUGGCUGCCAAUCCUGGACAAGUAUCAGGUGAAGUUGCCACUUGAGUGUCCUUUCCAUCCGCUGAGGGAUAUCUUUGCACCCCAGAAUGCUGCCAAGAUACAAAAUCGACCGAGUCAAUGGACUUGUGGAGUUUGCGGUAAAAGCUUCUAUGAGGAAAACUUUUUGGAUUUGCAUUUCGACAACCGCCAUAAAAGCAACAUUAAUAUGGCCGAAGACGCUGUGUGCUUGGCAGAUUAUUGCGACAUAAUGCGAUGUGAAGUGCUCCUGGGUCAUGAUUCUACAUUGUCUUUCGGAGAUUCCACCAUUUCCACGGAUAUUGAGGUAUGGAAUGAGGCAACAGCUUACAGAACUGCCAUCAUACCAUCUGGAUCGCGGGACUUGGCCAGGAUGCCUCAGAGGUUCACAUUUUUUCCGCCUAUAUCCGUUAUAAUUCCCGAUGCAAGGGAGGCAAGUGGUAGUGGUGGUGAACCCAAAUUAAAGAAACGAGGUUCGUGCACAGGACGCAAAGAAGAUGUUGGUGAUGAACAAUUGAAUGACAACCCAACUGAUGAAGAUGAUGAAUCUGAUGAUGGAAAUGCCACGACAGCAUGUGAUAAGAAUCUCGUUGAUUCAGCGCUGCCUUCCAGUGAUAAGAAGCAACAGAAAUUGUCGGAAUUGCAACGACUUAAGGCAAAUUGCAAAUCCGAACAGUUGGAUGUGCUGAAGAAAAAGUGCGAACUGUUGAUCAGAGAUUGCAUAGCAGGUCUUCUUGUGAAUUUGUCACAGCAAGAUUUCCGAGAUAUGGAAGAUGAACUAAAUCGCGCCGUAUGCUGGUACCUCACCUGUGAGAGAUACUGGGAAGAUAGUCCAUCAGAACCAAAGUCAUUCCCAUGGGGUUUAGUUUUUAUUCUUGUAAUUGUUCUCUCACUGGGACUAUGUUUCUGCUACUACAUUAUAUGGGUUCUCUUUGACAGUUCGGAUGAUUUGACAAUUUCUUCAAAUACUCAAAUGAGGAUUAGUCCUAUGCAUACGCGACAUCAUUUGGCACAUCAUGUACCACAGCAAAUUAUUUAUUCACACACAAGUGAUGGAGCUGUAGGAAUUGUAGCUGAUCCAGGUGGACAAGCGAGCAACAAUAGUGGCUUUUCGGAAGAAAUCUACUCUGCUGCAACAGAAGUGGGUGAUGUAGAACAAAAUGAGCACUACAUCUAUGUAACAUACCCUCCAGAGCUGAAACGUCGACUUCUAGAGAGCUGCUACAAUCGAACCACUCGCUUGUGAGAGUCACUUGAGAAAGUAGAAGAGGAUAAAUUAACUUGGAGUAAUACAUCCCGAAUCCAAGUCAACAAUUUUUUCUUAUUACCUUUGAUAAAAAUUGAAAAAAAAUAUAUGUAGACCAUGACAUAGCCAAAAUAUUCGUACUGUUUCGAAAAAUUUCUUACAUAGUGAUAGUAAGUAAAUUCAUACGUUAGUUGAUAUUAUUAUACAUAAUACAAAUUUUUAGCAAAUAAUCAUUUUUUUGCAAUCAACAAGAAAUUCACAAAAGAUGCAAUUUGUGUGCCUAUUUAUUUUAUGUUGUUACACAUUUCUAUGGCAAAACUUUUGAUUUUAUUCAGUUCAAUAGAUCCAAACCAUUCUAAUCUCUCUUAUUUUUAAUGGAACAAAAUGUGUGUAGUAAAUGUUAUAUUGAUAUAACUAUUAUACAUUCGUACAUCAUAUUUUAUCGAUAAUAGAGAAAUAUAGGUAUGUUUCUUUAUGAGUACCAGAUAUUUUCUUUAUUACAUUGAAAUUGUAAUUAUGUAAUAAUAAUAAUUUUAUUUUCCCUUACAAGCAAGUAUUUAGAACAAGUAAUGAAGUGGCAAUCAAAGAAAUAAUUCAAUUUAGGGACUUUCAGUUGAUUUUUAUAUUUAAUUUUGUUCGUCAUUAUGUAUUAAAAAAUACACUCCUAUUGUUAUAAAAUAAAAAAAAAGAACCAAUUCUUUUAAUUAAUUUAUUAUCAUAGAGUAGUUGCCAUAGUAUUAACAAAGGACGUUAUGCACUUUGUAUGGAUCCUAAAAUUUUAGAACAACAUUCUGUUUUAAGACAAAUGUGAACUAAUUAUUUUCCGAGUUAAAUAUAAAAAAAAUAAACCAUUCAUACAAUAUAGAAAAAUAAAA